AUGGAUUCUUCAGGAUUAUCUCCAUUGGGAGACUUAGAUUCAAGUUCAGGCGGCUCAGAAGGCACAAUUCCGGGAUAUUUAUCAACUUCAGUAUCACAUUCGCAUCAGCAAGGAUUAUAUGUUAAUGGUCUAAACAAUCGAGACAACUUGACUCCGCCUGUACGUUCAUUGUUUUUCUCGGAAAAAUGUCAGGAAUUUAAUGCAUUAGCAGCGAACGAUAAAGAAUUUGACAAAAAAUUUAUCGAAAAUAAUUAUCAACACAUUAAAAUGCAGUCAGAAAACAACAACACAUACUUACAUGGACCCAUGACUCAUAGUAUAACACCUCCGAAUGUUCUUUCUUCAUCAAAUGACAUCGAAAAUAGUGCGAAUCGACGAUAUUUGAACUUUAGUCCCGAUCAGGUGCAAUGCAUGUGCGAGGCACUCCAACAAAAGGGCGAUAUUGAUAAAUUAGCUUCCUUUUUGUUCAGUUUGCCUCCCACAGAGUUGAUGCGAAACAACGAAAGUGUGCUGAGAGCAAGAGCGUUAGUUGCAUAUCACAAAGGAAUGUUUCACGAGUUGUACAGCCUAUUAGAGACUCAUUAUUUCUCGCCCAAAUUCCAUACCGAACUUCAAUCACUGUGGUUCAAAGCACAUUACAGAGAAGCGGAAAAAGUUCGAGGAAGAGCUUUGGGAGCUGUCGACAAAUAUCGCUUACGCAAGAAAUAUCCGUUACCAAAAACCAUAUGGGAUGGCGAAGAAACUGUUUAUUGUUUCAAGGAAAAAAGUAGGAAUGCACUAAAAGAUUGUUACACGAGAAAUCGGUAUCCAACGCCAGAUGAGAAGAAAACAUUAGCUAAAAAGACAGGGCUCACGCUGACACAAGUCUCGAAUUGGUUUAAGAAUCGAAGACAAAGAGAUCGAACACCCCAAUCAAGAACGGACUUGAUGAUGCCAAUGUUGCCCGUUAGCCCAUCGAUGGAUUCGGGAUUUGCACGCUCGUUAUUCAACAGUUCAUAUCACGGUAGUCACGGAUAUAUUGGAGGAAAUUGCCAAAAUGACAAAUAUUCAGAAGGCAUGUUUGUUGGUCAAUAGCAUUUGUGCUGCUUGGAUUUAAAUUAAAUUAAAAGACAUUUUUAACGACUGCAAAGAAGUAAAAAACAAUGAAAUACAAAAAAAGGAAGUGAUGCGUAAAAAUGCAUUUUAUUACCAAUAAAAAUCGUCUAGCUACUGUGCAUUAAGCCAUUUCGUAU